AUGACAUGUUGGGCUCUAUGGAGGGUGAGGAAUGAUUGUGUGUGGAAGGGGAAAGUUGCUCGAGUGGCAACUGUGACAAGUUUGGCUAAAAAUACUCUAGACCAAUGGACUAAAGCUCAAGAUAGAUUUGAAGUGCCAACCGCAGCAUUCUUGAUUGAAGCAGAUGGAGCUGAUAUUUGGAGAAGGCCAGCUGCAGGUGUUAUAAAGAUCAAUGUUGAUGCAGCGCUGUUUUCUGAAUCUUCAACAUAUAGCUUUGCAUGUGUGGCUCGGAAUGAUCAGGGUCAUACCUUGGAAGCUAUAACUUGUUGUCGGAAUGGGGUAGUGUCUCCUGAAUUAGCAGAAGCAAUGGGGAUGCGAGAGGCUUUGAGUUGGAUCAAGAAGAAAUCAUGGGAUAAGGUGACUAUCGAGACUGACUGCCUCACAGUUGUCCAGGCCCUUCGUUGUUCAAUUUCUAUGGACUCUUAUUUUGGGAGUCUAAUCACUGAGUGUAAGGGUUUGUGGAGUGAUGUUAAGAAUAUUAAAAUUUUAUUUGUUAAGCGGUCUGCGAACAGUGUUGCUCAUGCUCUUGCUAGAGCAUCCUGUCAUGUUGCUGACUGUACUUUCAGGGGAGGUGAUCUCUCUCCUGCUAUUCUUGAUGUAAUUUCGAAGGACAGUUGCUAA